AUGACACAAGCCGUGAUCCCUAUUUUAGCUCAGAACAAUAUCAAAGCUGUAUCUGUUGGAGUGAAUGGCGUCAGUUCCCCACCUGCCGUACCCAAACUGUUCAACUGGGUUUUUAAGAACCAGAGUGUUAUCGGGUUUUGGCAUCCAGGUGGCUAUCCAAACGUACCAGGGCAGAUUCCUAUCAUGCCUUUAGGACUGAGUCGCCAUGACUGUCUCGUUCACCCUCUUGUCUCUUCUGCUCUUUGUUUCGCUUUUAAAACAGACAACGCCGGUCCUCCAGAAACACUCCAGGAAAUACUAAAUUACUACGAGGUUGUCCGCUCUCAGUUUCCGCAGUCUUUCGUGCGUGGAUCAACAUUUGAUAAUUUUGUGUCCGACGUCAUUCCAAUCAAAUCUCGUCUUCCCAAGCUCUUUAACGGUUUUGUCUUUUAUUUUACAGAACAAAACUUUCAGAACUGUGAAAUAUCAUGGCAGGAACAACGGAAGUUUAUUGAACUCUCUCUGUCAGCCUUGGCCAAUCAUCCGCUGGCUUCAGAAAUAAAGGACAAAUGGAAUGGCCUGAAGACACAAUGGCCAGAUACAUCAGACUUCGAUGCAUUCAAUGAAAUCUAUCCAUAUUCAAACGCCUUUUUUCUUGGCAUUGGUAAACCCAACAUGACUAAAAACAGUGAAGCUCUCAGUCAAGUAUGGGACAGCAAAGUUGUUGGUUUUUAUCGAAAAUCAGAUAACGCCAGCUUCCUGAUACACUGGCAAAUGCAAGACCCCGUAACGCAUGAUUACUAUGGCGCUCCGACAGACAUUUGGAUAAAUUACACACAAACCCAGAAAAAUGAUUGGAACAUCGAAUUACAGUGGUUUAAUAAAAGCGCGACUCGUUUACCAGAGUCAAUGGCACUUGUAAUGUUGAAUCCAGACAAAACACGUUUUAAAACUUGUGUCCAUAAAAUGGGACAAGUGCUUGCAUCGGACAAUGUGCUGAUAAAUGGUAGUCAAACACUUCAUGGUAAGUGUCCGUGUUUGACUUAUUGA